AUGAAAUUCUUAAUAGUUUUUGCUUUGGCUUUAGCCACGGCCUCCGCCUUCGAUUUGCGCAACAAUGAAAUCUAUUCACGUAAUGUAGUGGUGCCUGUUAUUGAGUCUGAGGGACGUAUUGCCAAUGGUCAGGAUGCUGCUGUAGGUCAAUUUCCCUAUCAAGCUGGUUUGUCAUUGAAACUUAGCGCUACUUCCUCGGCCUGGUGUGGUGGUUCUUUAAUCGGCAGCCGUUGGGUGUUGACUGCCGCUCAUUGUACUGUGGGAGUACAAGGUAUUACUGUCUACUUGGGCUCCACCGUACGUACCAAGGCUGAGAUUAGAUAUACAGUUAAUCCCAAUGACAUUAUUGUGCACAGUGGCUAUAAUGGCAAAACUUUAAAGAAUGACAUAUCCUUGAUUAGAAUCCCCCAAACCACUUAUACCGCUUUGAUUCAACCUGUACAAUUGCCUGCUCUUGCCAGCUCUUAUUCUACAUAUACCGGUGAGAAGGUUAUUGCCUCCGGUUGGGGUCGUAUGGGUGACUCUGCCACUGGUGUGGCUAACCAUUUGCAAUGGGCUCGCAUGGAAGUGAUUAGCAAUGCCGUGUGUGCCAAAACUUAUGGUCGUACUGUUACUUCCUCUAACAUUUGCAUCUCUACUCUCGAUUAUGUCUCCACCUGCAAAGGUGAUUCCGGUGGCCCAUUGGUUUUGGAGUCCAGCAAUAUUCAAGUAGGUUUGACUUCUUUUGGUGCUAUGGAUGGUUGUGAAAAAGGUUUCCCAGCUGCCUUUACCCGUGUCACCAGCUACUUGGAAUGGAUCAGAGUCAACACUGGCAUUUCUUAUUAA